CGUCAUGAGAUGAACGCGGAAGUUCUUCAGCUGGGAUACUUAGGUCUGUUUACAUGUGAUCUGAAUUUCGCAAAGUUGAUGUUAGAGCUUGGUGGAGUUCGUCGGCAUGUUUCACCGCAACAAGAUUUUUGCGCGGCGGGGAGCCACGGAUAAUACGCCGUAUCCUCUGCCACGAGCCCCCUGGUAUUCUGACUACCAACACUACCAACCUGAAGCUGCUAACAGCUUUAAUUUUCUCAACAUAGAGCGGUUGCCUCCUUAUGCGUGGCAGCCUUCACCGCCCACCUUUGCAGCCUUCCCUCCGCCCCCAGCCGGUGUAAUCCGUGGGCGCAAGAGGCACCACAACGAGUACAAUGCUCAUGCUGUCAAACGCCAACGCCUCAACCCGUCGCCGGCCUCCUCUCCAAGAUGGAUUCCUCAUAAUAACCUGGCAGUGGGAGAGCCCCCAAUGUUCGCCCCAGUGGGGUUUGAACACUUCCAUUCCAGUCCGCCGAUCACAGAGGUGCUCUCCGAACCACAAAACCUAACGAGCCUUCAGGUCUUCGUCAAGGACAAGCUGAGUGGUCAGAUGGUGGAGCUGUUUGAGGCCUGCCAGCAGCAAACUUCGGAUCUGGACAGGAAGGAGGCGUGUCGAGCUCGGCUACAAGGAGACAUCCAGAAACAAUUUCCAGAGUCGCGGCUGUACCUGACCGGAUCUUCUAUGAGUGGACUGGGUUGCCGGAGCAGCGAUGCCGACCUCUGUCUUGUGAUUAAGGGAAAUAGACGCUGCCGUCCAAUGGAUGUCCUUCGUCAACUGCAUAAGGAUUUCAGAUCACUCUCAUAUUUGGCGAGGAUUCAGCUGAUUAAAGCUAAAGUUCCCAUCCUCAAGUUCAAAGAGAGAAGCAGUUUUCUGGAGUUCGACCUGAAUGUCAACAACACGGUGGGCAUCAGAAACACAUUUCUGCUGAGAACCUACGCUUACGCCGACAUCAGGGUUAGGCCCCUGGUCCUGGUCGUGAAGAAGUGGGCGGGGCAUCACCAGAUCAACGACGCCAGCAAAGGAACGCUGAGCAGCUACACGCUGGUGUUGAUGGUGCUUCACUAUCUCCAGACUCUUGAACAACCUGUCCUCCCAUCUUUUCAAAACACUCAUCCUGAGUGUUUUGAUCUGCUCAUGGAUAUAGACGAGGUUCCAGACGGACCCAAACACGUCCGGCUCUUCACCUCAACAAACCAGUUGUCUCUGGGCGAGCUGCUGCUGGGCUUCCUCAGAUACUACGCCACGCGGUUCAGUUGGGACAAGCAGGUGAUCUCUGUGCGCCAGGCCACAACUUUGCCCAAGACCAAUUCUAAAGAGUGGAGAAACAAAUUCAUAUGUGUGGAAGAGCCUUUCGAGGGGAGUAAUGUUGCCAGAGCCGUCCAUGAGAAGACUAAGUUUGACACCAUUAAAAAGUGCUUUUCUGAGUCGUACCAGAUACUGAACGAGAGGAAGGACCUGGUCUCCAUCCUGGCGUUGAGAGCCAUCAUCAAUGAGGAGUUAGCGACAAGAUGAGCUGACUGGCCUUUCGAUGGAAAACGUCGGAGUUGUACAGAGGAAAGUUUCAGCGGCUCAGCAGCACAGACUCAGAGGAGAGGAGGACUUAAUGUUCUUAACGGUUGAAUGUUUUUGCCGCCACAUUUGUGCAAUUUCUGAUGCUACUGCUAUCAUAGCAAAAAGAAAAUAAACAUUGAGUGAAGGUAAACCAGAACACAUGAAGGUCACCUCCAGUGGCUGAAAAUGGAGAGUCGGAGCAAGAUAAUUUUUUUUUUUUUAUAUACAGCUGCUACUUUUUUGCUUUCCUGGAUGGAAGUGAUAUUUUCUCUCAUGUAAGGGCUUUAGUGGAACUGACAGCAUUUAGGUUUAACAUUGUCUUCUCUUCUGAGUUUAUCCUCUUUUUGCAGCUGUUCUCAACAUCAUCCUUCUGAAGACAAUUAUUUGAAUCUGCAUUAUGCCGACGAUUUCUAUAACUUAGUGAUGUCGAAGCCUUUUUUCUAUUUUUAUAAGUCAACGUUGACAUGUUUUUUUUCUCUCCUGCUGCAUUAAGUUAAUGAUGCCCUGCGUUUUCUCCUGAGCUCUUCUGUGAUGUUUGAGUUAAAACGACCACAAACAGCUCAUCAUUGAAACUGUUCUCCUGGAUUUUACAGUUCUUGAGAUCGUCCCUCCUCAUGUGUGACUUCUCUUCCAGCUGUCGUUAAGGGUUUGAGUCUCAGAUACUUUCUAGUUUUAUUUGGGCAAACACACCAGUUUACAUUUUAAAGAAUUUGAAUAUAUAUAUUUUUUGCUGUUUGCUUUUGUUCUUACUGUUGAUUUCCAUUUUUCUGGAAAUCAAACGCAAAAGCACAUUUGUGCUUUGUAGAGUUUUAUUGUUUAUUUAAAAAAAAAAAAAAAUCUCCCAGGACAUAUAAGUGGUUUUUUUUUGUAUAAACUAAAGCUAUGCUAGUAGAAGUGCCAAAAACAAUUUGAUACAUUUGUGUAUUUCACCAACUACAUGGAUGAUGAUGCAAAGUUGCUCAGUCUGGUUUCCACAAAAUGGGAUGACUGUAUAAAGUCAAAAUAAAUAUAUAUCAUUACAGUGAUAA